AGGCAUUAGCUCACGCGGACGGUCUCUCGGAGUGCUGAGUCUCAGCUAGUCUCCGGACCGACGGAACCGCCGCUGGACGCACCUGAACCGGAGGGUUAGUACCGCUCGACGCCGGCUCCCGGGCGGACACUCAGGAGUACCGACAAGUGCGUAGCUCCGCUCACUUUUGUAUAAAAAAAAUACAUAAAAAUUACACAAAAAAACCCUCCAGACCCGCGAUGGACCCGAGAGACACUGCCCCGGAUUCCUGGGAACAGGAGGACGAUGUGGAGGCCACGGUGGACGGGCAGCUGGAGCCGGCCUUCACCACCCUCAACGUCAACGCCAAGCCCUUCGUGCCCAACGUCAACGCGGCGGAGUUCGUCCCGGCGUUCGCCGUGAAGGCGCACGCGGGGACCCACGCGGGGAGCGUGGAUUCCGGCGCUCCCGUUGAGAACGGCGACACAGACAUGACCACAGAGGAGCCGUGGGACCAGAAAGAGGCGGAGCCGAGCGAGGAGGAGCCGGGAGGCGGCCCCGGCAGGGACCGGGGACCGGCGGUGGCGGCCACGGCAGAGGACGCGGCGCCGGAGAUCAUGAUGGAGGAGGAGGAGGAGAUUCCCGUGCCCAAAGCCCCGCCCACACAGCCGGACGCCCCGAAGAAGGAACACAUCAACGUGGUGUUCAUCGGACACGUAGAUGCGGGGAAGUCCACCAUCGGAGGACAGAUCAUGUAUCUGACCGGCAUGGUGGACAAGAGGACCUUAGAGAAGUACGAGAGAGAAGCCAAGGAGAAGAACCGAGAAACCUGGUACCUGUCCUGGGCUUUGGACACCAACCAGGAGGAGCGGGACAAGGGCAAGACGGUGGAGGUGGGCCGGCGUACUUUCGAGACAGACAAAAAGCACUUUACCAUCCUAGACGCUCCGGGCCACAAGAGCUUCGUCCCCAACAUGAUCGGGGGAGCGUCGCAGGCGGACCUGGCCGUGCUGGUCAUCUCUGCCAGGAAAGGAGAGUUUGAGACCGGCUUCGAGAAGGGCGGGCAGACGCGGGAGCACGCCAUGCUGGCCAAGACGGCCGGAGUCAAGCACCUGAUCGUCCUGGUCAACAAGAUGGACGACCCCACGGUCAACUGGAGCCUGGAGAGGUAUGAAGAGUGCAAAGAGAAACUAGUGCCAUUUUUAAAGAAGGUUGGCUUCAACCCCAAGAAGGACAUCCACUUCAUGCCCUGCUCCGGGCUGACGGGGGCCAACCUGAAGGAGCCCACCGACAUGUGCUCCUGGUACACAGGUCUCCCAUUCAUUCCACACCUGGACAGUUUGCCAAACUUCAACAGAUCGAGCGACGGACCCGUCAGAUUGCCCAUCGUAGACAAAUACAAGGACAUGGGCACCGUAAUUCUGGGUAAACUGGAGUCGGGCUCCAUCAGUAAAGCACAGCAGCUGGUCAUGAUGCCCAACAGGCACGUGGUGGAGGUGUUGAGCCUCCUGUCAGACGACGUCGAGACGGACGACGCCGGGCCGGGGGAGAACCUGAAGCUGAGGCUGAAGGGCAUCGAGGAGGAGGAGAUCCUGCCCGGGUUCAUCCUCUGCAACGCCGAGAACCUCUGUCACUCAGGGCGCACCUUCGACGCCCAGAUCGUCAUCAUCGAACACAAAUCCAUCAUCUGUCCAGGUUACAACGCAGUUCUUCACAUUCACACCUGCAUCGAAGAGGUGCAGAUCACGGCCUUAAUCUGUCUGGUAGACAAGAAGACGGGGGACAAGAGCAAGACACGACCGCGAUUCGUCAAGCAGGACCAGGUGGCAUCCGCCCGUCUGCGCACAGCAGGAACCAUUUGCCUCGAGACCUUCAAAGAGUUCCCUCAGAUGGGACGGUUCACCUUACGGGACGAAGGUAAAACCAUCGCCAUCGGGAAGGUGCUGAAGCUGGUGGCCGAGCGGGACUGAAGCGAGCCGGAUCGGUCCAACAGCCCUGCUGAGGAAAAAGGGGCGGAGCUCCGGCCUCCCAGCCGCCCCCGCGCCGCUCCGGGCGGCGGCGCCGCCUCCUCCUCCCUGUCACGGCCCCGAAGAUCAGCUUCAGAAAAACAAAACCACAAAAAAAAAAAAACGAACUCAUGUGAAAAUGAAACCUGUUUUUAAGCAAACGACAAACCGAGAUGAUGUCCACACGAGUCAGCUUUCUCAUAUUGAGAGCUCAGCUACGCCAUCGUGGGUCCGCCCCCCUCCACCCCGCCCGCUCCUCCAUCACAUGACCUUUUUAUUUCUUCCUCCUCACAUUGUUUCUUUUCUUGCUUUCCUGAACGACAGUGGCAGAAUGGCAGAAGUUACCUGUAACCAGAGGUGGAGCAGGGGUUUUCUGGGAGUAGAGAAGUGAUUUUCAGAACCUGCAGAAGAACUUAACCAGAUGAAACCAAAUGUUGAUCUUGGGUGUACUUUUCCCUUUGCUUUGACCCAGAUUCUUUUUUUUUUUUUUUCUUUUCUUUUUCUUUUGGUUUCUCGUGGCGUUCUGGCAGCGUGCUUGAGCGUGUUCAAAUGUUAUAAAAACAAACAAUUAUGACAAUAAAAUACUAAAUUGGG